AUGCUCCAAUUAAUAAUUGAUUUACUCGGACGAUUGACGAUGACAGCUGAUGGAUAUGAACCUUUACUGCGUGCUUUUGAAGAAAUAGUAUUAAGCUACAAUGAAUUUGUGGAAAGGGUCUGCGCAGCAGUCGUUCAUGAAAAAAAUGAUCUUGUCAUGAAUCAAUUAGCUGAUAUAUUCGCUAAAGUAGCUUUUGAAAAGCAAACUUUAGUUUUUAUACAAAAGAAAAUAUUAAAUGAUCCAUCACUUAAUAUUUUUCUGAAGAAGUGCGUGUGGAAAAUCGGCAAAUUGAUUGGACAAUCAAAUGUGAAUAAUUUUGAUCAAUCACUUGCAUCAUUUAACAAACAAUGUUUGCAAUUAAUUACCAGUCAUUGUGAACCAUAG